UAAUCAUACAUCAAAAGUAAAAAUUACACAAAAAGAUAAAACUUAAAUGGAAUGAGUUAAAAGGUUUUUGGCUUAGUGUAAUAUUCAAUAUUUAAAAACUCUUACAAUUUAAAGACAAAAUAUAACUGCUAAAAUUAUCAAGUUGUCAUUGCGAAUUUUACAUGUUUCGUGAUGUUCAUGACGUAAAAAUUACCUUCUAUUUAUUUUAAAACCAUUCUAUAAGACAUUAGCUAUUUAUGAAAACUUCUUUCUUUCUUGUACUUCAUUUAAUAUAUAUUUUGUUUUGAAAAGAUCUUACAAAAGAAUCUUAAGCAUAAUAGCUUUAAAUUAAGCAAAAAAUUGUAAAGAUUUUUCUGUGCAAUGGCUGAGUGGAAACAUUUAAUAUCAGAAUGGUUAAGUGAGUAUGCAGUCCUGAGAGAAAAUGAAUUAAAAAGUUUUGCAGCAGAACAUGAACACAAUCAUGAAAUAGCAACUGCAAUAUUUAAUUUAUUAUAUUGUGAAGAUGAAAAUGAAAGUCAAGGUAACAAGAAGGGUGAUGAAUUUGACCAACAGGUACCGAUGCUAGAGAAUGUCUGCAUACAAUUGUUCAGUUUCUAUAGAUCUAAAGAAAAUGAACUUCAUAGAUUUACCCUUCAAUUUGUCCCAACUUUGAUUUAUCGGUACUUAAGUUCAGUUGCUCAAGGUAACACAAAGUCAUGCAGGUGCAUUGAAACUCUACUGAUUGGCUUAUAUAACUUUGAAGUUGUUGAUGAAAAUGGAAAACCCAAAGUUGUCUCCUUUAGAUUACCAUCCUUAGCACAAGCUUCAAUUUAUCAUGAGCCAUUAUCUCUAGGUUCUCAGUUUUUAACGGAAAGUGCUCUACGGAGAUGGGAAGAGUGUAACACAAAGUUGGUCAGCUGGGGUCCUCAUUCUCAAGUUGAAGUAAUUAAUGCACAGAAUCGGCUCAAAGUAAUGGCAGCUCUCCUCUUCAUUUACAACCGCCAACUAAGCUUAUUACCAAAGUUAGCAUUGAGACAUUUCUGUAUUGCAUCAUCAAGAAUAGUUACACAAGGAUUUCAAAAAAAAGUUGGCACUGCAGUCAGUAGAUCUAUACCAAGAAUACCGGUUUCUUCAAAUUUCCUUCUAGAAAUGAUAGAGGGGUCAUACUUUGCAAUGUUCAAUGAAUUUUAUACAUUAGCAUUCCAAGCAGUCAAAGAUAUAGAUCAACGAGCUGAAUAUGAAUUACUGCCAGAUGUCAUGUUGGUCACAAGUGCUGUGAUUAAUUCAUUGAAGAACAGCCCUUCUGGUCAGCCAUGCGACGGUCCAAUGGGUAUAAGUGUGGCAUUGUCUCCAGCUACUACAACUGUUACUAUGUCAAAAUCAAUGAUAACAAAUGCAUCGUUCCGCACUAAAAAACUACCGGACGACAUUCCCAUACAAGCUGGUCAAGUGGCACCCAUGGACUCAGCGGACAUGCUCACGUCGAUCACCGAAGAGGGCGAGGCGGACGCUCCUAUACAAAGAGGCGCCGGUGUGCGAAAUUCUAAACCUAAACUGAGUGCAUUUCCUGGACUGGGCAAAAAGACAAAAGAUGCAAAAGACAAAGCUGGAACGGCCGUUGAGAAAAAGGUUACCGUCAAAGAUGCGUCCAAGGGUAUUUGGAAUUCCCUUAGCGGCGGUGGCGAUAUGGUUGACGCGCAACAAAAAACAAACGCUUUAGACUCUUUCGACGGCAAUGGAAGCAUGAAAGAUGAAAUAUCAAUGUCAUCAGUUCAAAACAGUACCGAAAAUUCUGACACGCGAUCGCAGGUGACGACGGACUCCUUGGACAUGGAAACGACACCUCGCUUCGCCGCUAUGCAAGUUAGCUCUGUAUAAGAAUAUGCUAUUUUAUACUCUUAGUGUUCGUAAUUAUUAUAGCUACGCAGUGUUCGUACUUACUUGGUGAAUGUAUUUAUCAUAGUAGAAAUUAUAAAUGGUCAGGAUACGUUGGAGCAGUCCGUCUUAUUUCAAUAUUAUUACACUAUGUCCACAAUAAAAUAAGAGCACGCAUACAUAUUACAAGUAACCCUGGAGUUUAAUACAAAUAUUUGAACGUAUUAAUUGUGCUUCAAUUCCAAUUAAUUAAAUAUAAGAAAUCCUAUAACAUAAUAAUUAUACAGGAAUAAUAAUAUAUUUUAGAUACAGGCGGAAUAAAAGAAGCAUUAAAUUUUCUUAUAAAAUAGACCUUCUAAUAUUGCUUAAGCCACAGAUUUAGGUAAAGCAAGUUAGACACCGCGUAAUAAUUAAAAAAUAUUAAAACCGACAGUAUUUUUUUCCAAUACACGUUACGUCAGUCCUUUAAUGAUUUAAACACAAUUUAAAGAACAUCGUAAAACUAUUUCGUCUCUGAUUAAACUAUGUUAUAGGUCAUCUGAAAAAGUUAAGCUACUUGUUAUAGUAUCUACCAUAAAACAUGUCAGAAACAUUCGAGGUGCUUGAAUUAUUUUAAACAAUACUAUUAAAUAAUAUGAUAUUUAAUAGACCGCUUAGUUUAUUGACUCUAAAAAGAACGAGCUUAAUGCGUAACUAGCAAAACACGCGACUUCGCCAGCGUAGAAAAUCUACCAUUUUAUCGUACAAAACGCAUAUUUAAAUUAUACAUACAAAAUAUUUAAAUUAUUAGGUAGCAACGGUAGUCUAAAAUAAUAUAUAUAUAUAUAUAUAGUUUCGGUUUUUGGUAACUCGCAAAUAGCCAUAUUUACUUAAAAAUAUUUUUAUUUAUCACAGACAGACAAAAACAGUAUUAUAAUAGUAGUAGUAGUAAUAAAGUUUAACCCCUAUUUCAGAGAUGGUUGUAUGCAUAUCUUACAUAUUGUUACUUUAAAUCUGUGGUCAAAAGCUUUCUUGACAACAUCUCCAUGAGGCUUAUUUUCUUUGUAUUCUCAUCAUUAUAUCGCAAUAUUCCAAUGUAUGUGUGUAAAAAAUAUAUGUCAAUGUUGUCACUUGUUAUAAAAAUAAAUGUUGUAAACUUUUCGUGUAUAUGUAAAAAAAUGGAAAAUUAUAAUAUAUUAGUUAAAAAAGAGGUAAAUGAAAUAAAUGUUUCUGUUGUAUUAUUAAAGUUAUUUAAAUUAGUAUUUUAAUAGUUAUUCGACAUACUUCGUCAUAUUAGCAGAUUAUAUUCCCCUUUCAACAGGUGUUACGCGAUGAAAUCAAUCUUCACGACUUUAUUAUAAUAAUAAUGCGCUAUGCCAACAUUACGCUAUCAGUAUCCUAUUUAUCAAUGCCACAUUGUUGAACUCUUAACGAGCUGAGUUAUUUAUUUACACAUUGUUUGAUUAUUUUGUAGCCGCAAACAAUACGUCGCAACUGGCUGACACAAUCCUGGUAUAUGUACUUCCCCACGGCUUGCUACAUUAUCAGUUUGUGUACAGCGCU